AUGACAAAGGUGACAAUGCAGAACAUACUGCACUUGGCCAAGAUAGGGAAGUUGACCGUGGAGAACACGAGGCUGUUAGCAGAGAAUGAAAGGCAGCGAGAGGUGUUGGACAAACACAGAGAAAGCGCAGCGGCCGACAGACAAGCGUUGGUGGACAAGAUGUCAAAGGUGAACAUGUCCUUGGCCAAGUUAUGGAGGUUGAGAGUGGAGAACAAGAAGAGACUGUUAGCUGAGAAUGAAAGGGUGGUGAAGGAGAGGGUGAGAGAGAGGAAUGGAUGGAACCUCAUAAGAAAUGGUUUGAAGACAGAUUUGGCCAAAGCAGACCUGGAGAGGAAUCAGACCUUAGUAAGCUGGAAGGAGGACAGCGGGAGAUGGGCCAAGGCCAAGGCUGGCCUACAAAGAAUCUGGGAUCAACAGGGGGAAAGAUGGAUGAAGGAGAAGGAGGAGAUUAAGAGAAGGAGCACACAGGCAGCAGAGGAGUGGAUGAUUGAACUGAGAGAAAAGGAGAGAGCGAUAGAGGCCCUGGAAAGAGAAAAGAUGAGGAUUCUUUGCCUGCAUGGACAAGAGAAGAAGGGAUGGGAGAUGGAAAAGAGAGCGAUGGAAAAGGAGAAGUUGGAGAUUGCAGGGGAGCGGGAGAGAACGAAUAGUGAAAUUGAGAAAAUGCAAAGUGAGAAAGACAGAUGUGCAAUAGAGAAGAAAGAUAUGGUGGAGAGGAUGAAAGAGGCAUACAUAAAGCUGUACCAGAUGCAGACUGCCCUGAGGUUCGGAGAGCAAGAGCAGCCACAGAAGGAAACUAAAACUGCCCAGAGAGUCAGGGCAAAGCUAGAGAAGAAGAAGAGGAAAGAAAGAGAGAUGUUGGAGAAGAACAAAGUGAAAGAGCUGCUCAGAGCUAGAAAAGCAGAGAGUAAGGAAGAAGUGAAGAAGAAAAAGGAGAGGGUGAAGGCCCACCUGGACGAGGUGGCAAGGAACUAUAACGAAAAGAAACAGGGGGAGAAAGAAAGUGAAAAUCUGUUGAAAAAGGCGCACAUCCCAGACCUCCAACUGAAGAAGUCAGAAUGCAACACAGAUGGAAAAGUAAAUACUGUCGGCUGGCCCUGGUCAAAAUUUAAAUUCUGUGGAAUACUUCAUCAAUAA